AUGACACAGUCUCUCACCUACAUGCAGACUCGCUUGACCUCUGAGGCAGUAGAUCAUAUCAGUCUCCUGCGUGACGUUGACGGCAUCGAUUCUCUCGCCAACGAGCUUCGCCAGACCCAGGAGACGGAUAACGCGACCGAAAGUCCGACCCGACAGUCGUUGAAUCCGCGCAUUCAAUUUUUACGCCUCUCAGCCAUCGUCCGAGGACGCGUGGGUGUGCCUGGAGCAACUCCGCCAUAUCAACCGGUUCCACCGUCUCUGUAUCGUGCGCUGAGUCUCGAUCAGGACGAAGGCGUGGGUCAAGGUGAAGUGACCAGUCCAUCCCCCCUGCGCAAUUUCGCCCUGUCGAAUUACCCUGUUCGGUAUGAGUCACAGCGAGCCGCGCAUAUAACGACGCAGACGGCAUUUGAAGGAUUUUCCAGGCAUCUUUUCUCCAGGACCACCAAAAUGCCUCAGACGGGGUUCCAGGCUCUGAUCCUGUGUGGUCCGGGCAUCGGCCUCAGCACCUUCACCAGUGUCCCCGCAGAGUAUCCGAAGGCCCUGGUUGAAGUCGCAAACCGGCCCAUGGUCUGGUAUGUCUUGGAUUGGUGUUAUCGAAUGGGCGUGACAGACAUCACCCUUAUUACUCCACCAACCUCGAAGGACACAAUUGCUGCCGCUCUGGCGCAAAACCCUUACCUCACAUCUCUUCCCUCUCCCUCUGCCGAUCUCCUGGCCCCCGAAUCCCUCGAGUACACAACGCCAACCGCAGAAUUGCUCAGACUGCCAGAGGUGCAGCAGGUGAUCAAAUCAGAUUUCUUGGUGCUCCCCUGCGACCUAAUUUGCGAUAUUUCAGGAGACCAUUUCUUGGAGACGUACUUUACCCGGCUGGGUGGCCCUGGUGGGAUCGGCGCCAGUUCCGGCCUCGACUUUGACAUGUCACGAAACGAGCUCUCGUCACUGGGAGGUGAACGACGUGGUCGGCGCGGUGGUCUUUCGAUAUGGUACAACACAGUGGAUCGGGAGGAAAGCGUAAAAGGCGAAGAAUGCGACUUCAUGUGUACCUCGAAACUCGACCCAGAACACAAUCUACCUCUCUCCAAGACUGCCACUCUACAAGCCCAGGGCGUCCUUCGCAAACUGGUCUGGACGAUGCCCAUGUCCGAGCUGUGGGACCAGUGCGAGGAGGACAAGUCGUGGAAGAUUCGACAGUCACUCCUCCGCAAGUACGGGGCGAUCAAGUGCAUGACCAAAUACCGCGACUCGCACAUCUACUUCUUUCCCUUCUGGGUGAAGGAUUUCGCCAAGUUGAACGAAGACUUUGAGUCCGUCAGUGAAGAUCUCGUGGGGACGUGGGCCAAAGCUGAAUGGCGCAAACCCAGCUAUCGCGCCCGAUUCGGUGCACGGAAGAUAUUCUCACACCGUCUCAGCUCAGCGGAGAAUGAAGUCCCUUCACAUGAACGGCCGAUUGAGGAGGAAGUGGACCUGUUAUCAUUGAGCAGUACUCAUGUCACAAACCAUCGUCUACCCCAACCGACCGAGGCACCACGUACAGCCCGACUCGCAUCGAGAGUGCAGAGAGGCUCCGAAGACAGAAUCCUCUCGGCAGACAGCGAAUCGCAAACUUCCGAGGAAUCAGGACCGGUCCCGCUCGUUCCUCCCAUGCUCUCAUACAUCCUUCCUUCAACCCCAGAUGCACCCUUGGUGCGCCGGGUGGACACGACGCCACUCCUACUCUCGGUUUCACUCUCCCUUGCAAAACAGCCAUCGAUCGAAGAGUGCCUCAGCACCAAAUCCGCGGUUCCACCGUUCUCUCAUCCAGCCAAAAUCCAUCCCACCGCCACCAUCGCGCCGCGAGUGACGAUUUCUCGCUCAGACACUCUCAUUGAUAGCAACAGCACCAUCGCGACGCAGUGCGUCAUCAAGAACAGCGUUAUCGGCGCCUCCGUCGCCAUCGGCACCGGCAGCCGAAUCACGGGCUGUGUUAUCAUGGAUGGCGCCACGAUCGGGGAUAAAUGUGUCUUGACAGGCACGGUUGUUGGCAAGAAGGCCAAGAUUGGCAAUAAGUGCUCGUUGACAAACUGCGAGGUGCAGGACGGGAAUGUCGUUAGUGAUGCUACGGAAGGAAAAGGCGAGAAAUACCUUGUCGGCGGCUUGGAGGAUGAGAUGGAGGGCGAAGAGGGGAUGGGAUUUGACGAUGAUAUGGAUGAUGCGGAGGAUGAAGGAGAAGGUCUGAGCCUGGGAGAGCCAUGA